ACCGUGGUUCAGAGGCUUGGCGUGGUCAGGGUGACAUUUCCUUCCCCUGAGCACAACAGGAAGGUGCAGUCAGCUGAGCAAAGCCACCAGCAGCCGCUGCGCCCCAAGUCAUCUGCAUAAGAUUUUGUUCUUCAAUCUCAAGAAAAUGGCAAGAGGAAAGAUUUUACUGUGAGUUGAUGGACGAAUUCACAUGUGAGAUUAAUGCCACCCACCACCACACAACUGCAGCUGCCCACAUCUACUCAGUGACCCGGCACAUAGGACAUUCUCUUCUUAUACUGUAUGAUACAGGAAAACAAUGUUUUUGUGGAUGUUAGCCCUGCUGAUCCUCUGUGCCUUUCUGUGGAACUGUAAAGGACGGCUGAAGGUUGUGGAUAUCAAUGAUAAGUACAUUUUCAUCACUGGAUGUGACACGGGCUUUGGAAACCUGGCAGCCAGGACUUUUGAUAAAAAAGGAUUUCAUGUCAUUGCUGCCUGUCUGACUGAAUCAGGAUCCACAGCUUUGAAGGCACAAACCUCCCAGAGACUUCAGACAGUGCUUCUGGAUGUAACUGACCCAAAGAAUGUGAAGAGAACUGCCCAGUGGGUGAAGAACCACGUUGGGGAAAAAGGUCUCUGGGGCCUGAUCAAUAAUGCAGGAAUACCGGGCACACUCGCUCCCACAGACUGGCUGACAGUGGAGGACUACAGGGAACCUAUUGAAGUGAACCUGUUUGGACUCAUUGAUGUGACAUUAAAUAUGCUUCCCUUGGUCAAAAAAGCUCGAGGGAGGGUUAUCAAUGUCUCCAGCGUCGGAGGUCGGCUUGCAAUUUGUGGAGGGGGCUACACUCCAUCAAAGUAUGCAGUGGAAGGAUUCAAUGACAGCUUAAGACGGGACAUGAAAGCUUUUGGUGUGCACGUCUCAUGCAUUGAACCAGGACUGUUCAGAACACAAUUGUCAGAUCCAGAAAAGACAAUCGAAAAAAAAAUUGCCAUUUGGAAGCAUCUGUCUCCAGACAUCAAGCAACAAUAUGGGGAAAGUUACAUUGAAAAAUAUGUGGACAAACUUAAAAGCAACUCACGCUGCAUGAACGUGGACCUCUCUCUUGUAGUGGAGUGUAUGGACCACGCCCUAACAAGUUUCUUCCCAAAGGCUCGUUACACAGCUGGCAAAGAUGCCAAAACUUUUUGGAUACCUCUGUCUCAUAUGCCAGCAGUUCUGCAAGACUUUUUAUUGUUGAAACACAGAGUAGAGCUGGCUAAUCCCAAAGCCAUGUGAUUUCAGCUCAUCACAAACACCCAUCCCGGGCUAUGAGAUCCCUGGAUUUCAAGGUCAGGUCUCCUUUGUGAUCCUUUGUCCUAUCUGGUCCAACAUGGACUCACCUAAGUCAUGCUUCUUUUAGUAGAAGAAGGAGCCUCACCCCAGCAGUGUUCUUCCAGGGUCCCUUCUCAGGCCUUCUUUCACAAUAAGGACAGAGGUGGCCCAUCACACAAGCCAGUGCUGCCCAAUUUGAGACAAUGUAUGCUUGGAG